UCUCUCUGGUUUCUCUCUGAUUUUUACUGCAGACUGGGAAUGCUCUGCAGCAGCCUUCUCAUCCUAUCCAUAAGGUUCAGUUAGCCAAAGUGGAGGAUGGGAGCAGCAUGGAUCUGUCCCAACUCCUCAAUGAGAUCAGGGCAAACUAUGAAAUGCUCAUCACCCGAAGUCAGAUAGAGACCAUCCUCUCAGCAGGGACCCAGCUAGAAGCAGCCACUAGUGAAAGAAUGAGCAAAGACGAAGAAGUGCUAAAAGCAGCCAGGGCAGAAUUAAAUGAAGCUAGACGUCAGUGGUAUCAAAUGCAGAUGGAAAUUGAUUCUCUCCAUGCUAUGGAGAAAGGCUUGGAAGCUGCUUUGCGAACCUCAGAACAGCAGUACCAGACUCAGCUCAAGCAUUUAGAAAGCGAGAUUGAAAGUUUGGAGAAAGAACUACAAGAGGUGAGACACAGCCUCAAAAAGCAGCUCCAGCAACAUGAAAAAUUACUGAACACGAAAAUGAAGCUCGAGCAGGAGAUUGACAGAUAUCGCAGCCUACUGGAAAAGGAGGAAAAAAGGUUUCAUCUUUCUAUACGGCAAGAAAGAAAAGAUGACAAAAAGCCUACCACCAGCCGAAUAGCAUUUAUCUUGCCGACACCAAGCGAAUUAAAGAAGCAUGAGAUAGAAAAAGUAGAAAUACUGACAAAGCAAGCAGUCUUAAAUGGGGAUGUUGCAAAGGAACGUGCGGAAGCUUGUGGCACAAUACAGAAAGAAAAAGUAGAUGAAGUGAUUAAAGAAUGGGAAGGCUCUUUCUUUAAGGACAAUCCUCGCUUAAGGAAAAAAUCAGUUUCUUUGCGCUUUGAUCUCCACCUGGCAGCCACAGAUGACGGUUGUUUACAGACUAAGCAGAAAAGCUUGCCUGAUAUCGAAGUGAGAUUGGUUAUGAGGAGGUCUUGCAGCAUCCCAUCAAUCAAAACUUAAAUGGGCAGCAAACUAACCCAAAGAUUAUUCAUGGAUGGGGUUUGGAAAUAAAUGUUAUUGCGGACCUAAAUUAACUGUAUGAUCGCCUACUGUCUGUCUAUACAAAGAAUAUGAUCUUCAGCUAAUAUAUAUUCCUAUAUCCUAGCCAUUGUUUUGAAGACAUGGAGAAAACUUAAGGGCAUUACGUUUCUAAGAAACAGAAUCGCUAUUGAAUUAUAUUAAUCAUUAUGUCUGUUGAAAUAAUUUCUGUUCACGUAUUUCUUUGCUUUUAGAAUUUUAAGAAAAAUACUUAGGAGUUUAGCAGAUUCAGUCUUGUCUUCGUGGGAAAGGAUAUGCACACAGGAAAAGACUGAUUUGAGCAUAAGAUUAUAGAUAAUAUGAUGGCCUUCAAUUAUUAAUACAUUACUGAACAGUUGGUAUGACUUUCCUAACAAUCAAUAAAUCCAUACAAAAGUUUCAAGGGACCGAUGGGCUUUAACCUGUGUAUUUCAAAAGAAGUUCCACUAAGGUUCAUUUCAAGUCCAGAAUCCAGAUCAUUUUCAGAAUGUUGUCAAUGGUCACAACACUACUUAACGUCUAUUGUUUAUCAAAGCUAGCCAAUAAUUAUGCAUUUAUCCUAGGAAUUAUUUAUAACAAUAGUUGGAUUUCUCUAACAGAGCCACAGUAGUAUUUCUGAGGCUUAUUUUUAAGCCAUUUUAAGCCAUAUCUUGUAAUCUGUUGUCAUCAAUGUUUUCAUAAACUCCUGCUAGAUUAACCUCAAGGAUGACUACAGCCAAGUCAAUAAUUAACCCAAUAGGAAUGUAUCCAAACUUUUCAUGACUGCCAACUCUCUGUGUCAACAGACUUCUCUUGGGGUUCUGUCUUCUGUCCGUAUAGGUUCAAGAUCCAUGUAUUCAUACAUGGUGGCUAACGUAAAAUGACCUUACUAGUAGAUUUCUUGUGGUCCUCUCACAACUAGAGUUUAGUAAGCAAAAUAUUUAUUAAAAAUUGUUUCAUUUUUUUAUAUAUUUAUUUAAACUUUGCUCUGUGCUGCAAAAGGCUGAGGGUAGGUUAUCCUUGCCAGUAAAUGCUUCUGAAAGAUGUACAUUUUUUUGUCUUGAUGGAUAAAAUUCUAGUUUAUUUGGAGCCAAUAACAAAACACUUAAUCUCAGCGCAGAGACAGCUUCAGCUGCAAUGUUACAGGGAUAAAGGACAAACUAUUUUUAUGAUGUCAGUGCCUAUAUCAAAUGGUCUACUAUCGUAACUACUGGAAAUGUCUAAUCCACAAUCAAUUAAACAAAUUUAAAAGGGCUA